AUGGGACGAACGCCGGUGAAGUUAAAAGAAGUGAUCUACGGCAUUUCCUCGAACAAAGUCGAAAUCAUGGGCUCCUUAGGCCGAGACGCCUUGAGCGCGAUCUCGAAGAAAAUAGGAGGCGGAUGGUUCGACGUGACCGUGUUCGGGAUCGCACCCACCGUGGGGACCGUGAUGUAA